AUGGAUGUGUCCAUGAAAUCACCAGUAAUUGAGAUUGAUUAUAAUGGGAUGUGUAUGCAAGGACCUAUUGGUAUGCCUGGAAGGGAUGGAAACCCUGGAAUCAACGGAAUCCCUGGAACUCCGGGUAUCCCUGGCAGAGAUGGGCUUAAAGGAGAAAAAGGAGAAUGUAUGAGAGAGAGCUUUGAGGAAUCCUGGACACCUAAUUAUAAGCAGUGCUCAUGGAGCGCCCUGAACUAUGGCAUAGACCUUGGAAAAAUUGCAGAAUGUACAUUCACCAAGAUGCGCACCAACAGUGCUUUAAGAGUUCUUUUCAGUGGAUCACUUCGACUUAAAUGCAGAAAUGCCUGUUGUCAGCGCUGGUAUUUUACUUUUAAUGGGGCUGAAUGCUCUGGACCACUUCCUAUUGAAGCUAUAAUAUAUUUAGAUCAAGGAAGCCCAGAAUUAAAUUCUACUAUUAAUAUACACCGCACUUCUUCAGUGGAAGGAUUAUGUGAAGGAAUCAAUGCUGGAUUGGUGGAUGUUGCUGUUUGGGUUGGUACUUGCUCGGAUUACCCAAGAGGAGAUGCGUCAACGGGAUGGAACUCAGUGUCUCGCAUAAUUAUAGAGGAACUGCCAAAAUAGAGCUUUCAGCAUCUUCUUGCUGUUCCCAGAACAAUGUUUGGGACCUUAUGUAACCUCUUCCAGUUUCAUUUUUGUACAUGGAAAUAAACAUUGGAUUAUAGCGCACAAGCCUGUUUAUAGAAAUAAGGUAAAAUCUGUUUUGAGCCAUGUUUGACUUCAGAUAACUUCAUAGAUAGGUCUGCGCAGUUUUUGCCAGCUACACAGAAGUGAUUUAUUUCCAGGAUGUUUUCGGACUUCCUGGGAUUUCCUUGAUGGUCUGUGCUAACCAAGCCUGGACCUGCUUAGCUUCCGAAUCCAGAGGAGGUCGGCCUGGUGUUGGCCUCUGCUGAAGUCUUACAGAAAUACCAGUAACCAAUUAAUGUUCCAUUUUUUAAUUCUAUGUAUCCUUAACAUUUUGGAAUAUAGAUCCUGAAGGAGGAAUCUAUAUUAAUGCUUACUUUUCUAUCAAUUUUAUAUAU